CAAAGAAAAAAAAAAUCCAGAAUCCUCUUUUUGGAGACCAAUGAAAUUGCACUAUUUGCAAUUUAUAUUUUAUAGUAUUAUUAAAUUACAUAUAUCGGUAGGUGUGGUGCUACUUCUCCUCUAUAUAGAAGUUCAAAUAUAGGGCGGGCCUGUAAGCCUGAAAGUCGUGCUUUCACACAGAGGUCGAUAACUAAGCAAAAGUGAAAACAGAAACAGAGAGGCAACAUUUCGCAGUGUACACAGAGAGGAAGAGGAAGGAGAAAGUUUGAGUGACAAAAUGGGGAUAGCAGCUGAAGCUCAUAACGUGAAAAUUUUGGGACCAGGCACUGAAUGUAUAGUUUUGGCUCACGGAUUUGGCACGGAUCAGUCUGUGUGGAAACACUUGGUACCUUAUCUCGUCGACGAUUACCGUGUCAUUCUCUAUGACAAUAUGGGUGCGGGUACCACCAACCCUGACUACUUCGAUUUUGAGCGCCACUCGAGCUUAGAAGGCUAUGCCUCUGAUUUGCUUGCAAUUUUAGAAGAGCUCCAAGUUGAAUCUUGCAUUUUCGUUGGCCACUCUGUUUCCGCAAUGAUCGGCGCUAUUGCUUCUAUUUCUCGCCCCGAUCUCUUCACCAAACUCAUCAUGGUCAGCGCUUCCCCCAGGUAUUUGAACGACGUGGAAUACUAUGGAGGAUUUGAGCAGGAAGAUCUGAACCAAUUAUUCGACGCUAUGGCGGCGAAUUACAAAGCAUGGUGCUAUGGGUUUGCUCCUUUGGCUGUGGGCGGGGACAUGGAGUCUGUGGCGGUGCAGGAGUUUAGUCGAACGUUGUUCAACAUGCGGCCAGACAUAGCGCUAAUUGUGUCGCGAACCAUUUUUCAAAGCGAUAUGAGGCAGAUUCUGAGCCUUGUUUCUGUCCCUUGCCACAUCAUACAAGCUGAGAAAGACAUGGCUGUUCCGGUGAUGAUAUCGGAGUACCUCCACCAGCACAUUGGUGCUGAGUCCAUCGUCGAGGUCAUGGCAACCGACGGUCAUUUGCCGCAGCUAAGCUCGCCGGAUAUCGUUAUUCCGGUGUUGCUCAAACACAUUCAACUUGAUAUUGAGGCAAGAAGGUAGACAUCGACGUGAUGUGACUCCGUUAGGAAAGAGAAUCUCUCUGUGUGGUUCUUUCUUUCUUUUUUUUUUCUUUUUUCUUUUUUGUAUUUGCUGUGUAAAAGAACAACUGAAAUGGGGGGAAUAAGUUCCCUUCUUCAACUGUCUAUCUAUAUGUGUUUGUUGCAUUCGAACUCGUUGUGGUAGAACCGUAGAGCAAGACUCUAUUGUAGUGGGAAUCAAAUGUCAAUGUCCGUCA